AUGGCUCAGGCAGCCGAAGCUCAGGUGAAUGCAAUGCUAGAGUUGGCAAGGGCGUUCAAGGAGAAGUUGGGUGAGAAGAAAGGCUGCUUUGGAGAUGCUGGCAAGGUGAUCAGACCACCAGAGGUCAUUGCUCCAAAUUCCCAGGAAGAGGAGAUUAGGCAGAGGAGUUUCCGGUCUUGGCUCUUCUUUGCCCAGGAAGAGUUCAACAAAGGACUCAGACAAGGCGGAGAAGACGGACAAACUCUGGGCCUCACCGACCUGAAGCAGGUCGAUCUCUUUGCUGCAAGCCUGCUUGAGCCACCCGGUUUUUGGUCAGGACCGUUCGAUCCUGGAGCAGUGCUGACUGAGGAGUACAAGACAGUGUCAGGGAGCCAACUGUCUGAUGACACACAGUUGUCGACCCGUCUGCAGCUUUGA